AAAUGCAUAAAAAUGAAUUAUUUGAAAGUGUGACUGAAAACUAACAUUAGUUGGGCAUACAUGCAAUGAAUAAGGGUACUAUAAGUGCUAAAAUGUAAAAUGGCCAAAGAGAUAAGGUUAUCCCGUGACACGUCACACUCUCUGCCUAGAGACAUCGCCAGCUCGCCGCCGAGAGCUACACAGGUGGCAGGAGGGGAGGUGGCAGCUCGGCACGUCGUGGAGGAUUGCUGGUGUGUGUCCCUGCACUGCGCCCCACUCUGGCAUGCAGCAGCCACACCGCAGGUCUCCGCUCACGGCUACUACGCACCCACACGAGCCGCCGUCGCGGCGCGAGCUCCGCCUGGCGGCACACUGCCGCAACCAGCUUUGCUAACACUCACUGCCCACGGUCGACCUGUGAGCCACCUGCAACGCCGUGACGCGCUGCUCGAUCCCCUCCAUGGCCUCGUGCUCGCCGCUGUAGCCUCACGCGAGCCCCGCGCUGGCCAUUACCAUGGCCGCGGAGUGGGGCAAGACUCGUGGAGGUGCGCAUGGGGGGAGCAUAUUGGCCCACGCUCCUCAAUUCUGGUCGGGUGUCGUUGGAUUGGGCGGCGAAGAUGGCGAAUUCCGGCACCUCGGUUGCCACAGGGAGUUCUAGUGACACAUUAUACAAGGAGCUAUGGCAUGCUUGCGCUAGGCCGUUGAUCACAGUGCCUCAUCAAGGUGAAAGGAUUUACUACUUUCACAUGGUUAUAUGGAACAUGUAUGUCUCACCGCAUUGGUGUUUGCUCUUCUUGAUGCCCCAUAACUAAUGAAUGAAAUUAAACUCAACACAAACAGUAGCUAUUUGUGUUAUGGGACACUGCUCGAUUCUUGUGUUAAAAUGACAAUAUGACUUUGUUUAUGUGGAAUAAUCAUCCAGAUAUUUAAAUAAUCGUCAUCCAUGUA